AUGGCCACCACGCCGCUUCUUCGGCGCGCCCUUCACAACCAAAAGAGGCACAAUAUGCCGUCACUCACCCGAUCCGAAAAUGUCUGCAGCGGAUGCCGGUCUAGGAAGAAGAAAUGCGAUGGCCAACGCCCUCAAUGUUCCUCUUGUCUUCGCCGAGGCCACCCAUGCCUCUAUCGCGCUGUCACAGGGGUGACAUCAUGGGAUUCUUUUUCAGGGCCGGCGGAGACUUCCGGAACUCUUGAUGUCGCGGCUGCCAACCUCGAAGAUGUGAUGAGCUUGGAUCCGGAUCCCUUCCUUUGGUCAAUGCCUUUCCCGACCCUAGAACCUAUCCAAGACCUUGAUCUACCACUUGUUGCGAAGGACGACCCAGCCUCACUUCCCCCUUGGACUGUACUAUUGGAAUUGGUCUCCAACUUUUUCCAAAAGCUUUACACCCAUUUUCCCAUCAUACACAAAGGGCGGUUCAUGCAUGCGCUAGAAAGAGACGGAAUAGACGGCUCUUCUCAAGCUCUCCUAUAUGCCAUAUGCGCCAUGUCUGCAAAAACACAUACAGACCCCGAUGUCAGAGAACGUCGGUGCCACUGGUAUGAAGGAGCAAAAAAGCUCGUGAGUGAGUCCAUAGCUGGCAAGAGUAAGGUCAUCGAGAGCCUUCAAGCAGCAGUUAUUAUUGUCCAGCAAUCAUCAGAGAUGAUGGAGUUUUGCACCCCAUGGCAGUUGCUUGGACUUGCCUGGAGAAAGGCCGUCCUGACGGGCUGUGCUCGCCUCGACGGUAAGGCCCGUGUUUUGCCAAAAGAUUUGGGUGUACUUGAGACGGACUCAUGGAUUGAGAAAGAGGAAUGUCGGAGGACUCUCUGGACUCUCUUCAUGUUUGAUCGGUGUCUUUGCACGACGGAUUUGCCUCGGGCUAUCGAUAAUCGUCAUAUCCUCUUCAACUUGCCCAUGUCGGAGGACGAGUUCCAGGCGGAUCAUGAGCCACCGGACUCGAAUUCGAUUGGUUUCACUGUCAAUGUGGAUGCUUUAUGCUCCAGAUUGCAACGGCAGACACUCAAGCGCAAGAGAACCGUCUAUCAGUAUCUUGUUGUGGCGCAUCAUCUUCUCGGGCGUGUCGGAGAGGAACUCUAUCAACCUGACUUCGAUUAUAACAGGGAUAGAGACACGUUGCAGUCCUUUACGUCAAAGUUGGUCAAACUGAGGCUCACGAUUCCUCGGCAUGCUAUUGAAUUGUCCGCGGCCGACCCCAGAGACUUUUCAUUGGUCGUCUGGCUCAAUGCCACCAUGGCAAGCAUUGCCCUCUUACUCCAUCACCGGCCACUUCUCGAAGACGAAACCGAUGAGAGGCCAGGCGAUCAUUUUGAGAAUUGGCCUCAUUGUGUCGCGGCAGCGCGCAGUCUUGUUAACUGUCUCCGCGACAUGUGUAGGACAUCAUUGGACUUUGCCAAUAACUCAUUCCUCUUACCACUGGUAUUUGUCUGUGCUAGGGUCCUACUGAUUGAAAAAUGCGUACCGUUCGGUCCGUACUGUGAUCCAACAUACACAUCUAGCGUGAAGGAUGACCUUGAGAUACUUACAUUUGCCCUCCGCCAUUUCAGAGAAGCUCUGGGGAUGCUGGGACGAAAAUACUACAAUGGGUUUAUAUACUUUUCAAGAUUCAAUGACGAGCAGUGUCGGGCUGCGAAGAGAGGUGUAUUGUUAGAUAUGCUGAGGCCAUGUGAUCACUGGCCAGAUUACUCUGACGAAGAGGAAGUCUGUAUUUCAUAG